AUGGAAACUCCCGUACUAGACUUGCAAAUCUGUAAGACUAUCGAUGCGGGGGACAACGACGACAAGUCGGUUGAGCUCACGUCGAUUGGUGCAGACCUUGCGCCAUCAGGAUCAGCAGGCAUAUUCAUCGCAAGUUGUCCGAGCAGGGCACGGGGAAUCUGCACAGUUCAAGGUUCGGUGCCGCUCUCACCCGGAGAAAGCUUCAAGCUCCGAGUUUUGAAUCUGGGAACGCUUGGCGAGAUUGGAAUUGGCUUAUGUGCACUGGGCGAGGCGCAGAAACAGAGCAUCACCCGCGACAUGGUGGGAUGGUCCCGCGGGGAGGUCGGGUUUCAUGGCGAUCACGGCCGGUCCUUCGUCAACGGCCACGGUGAUCAAAAUCAGCGCAGUCGUCCAUGGUCGGUCGGCCAUGAAAUUGAGUGUGGACUGACCGCUGGUGCGAAUGUGUACUUCAAGCAUUCCGGAGAGCAGUUCGAGCAGAUCCUUGAAAUGCCGGGCCGUUGGCAGAUUUCCUUGGCGUACCCGACGGUGACCAUGCGCUCCAGCGGGUCCAGCGUGGAGAUCGACCUGCGAGGAGUCGAAGACAAGCCACUUAAGGAUUUGCUGCCACACAGCGGUCCGGACUCGAGCAUGAGAAAGGGUGAGACUUCAGCUCAGCUAAGAUCGGCAUCCUCAGCGCUGACCUUGCUGACGCUCUUCAAGAGGACGGUCAUCGCUGAGGAAGAGUGCCAGGAGGGACCUGGCGUCACCACGUUGGAGCGCUGGCUUGCACCUUGGUGUUGCCAAAGCAUUGAGGUCGACCAGGCACCAACUACCAUUGCAGCGUAA